AGAUAAAUAAACUGUCAAAUGUCAACUUGAAAUAAAGAGGUACAAGUUUUGAGAAUAAAUAAACAAACAAAAUAAGUUUACUGACUAAAGUCGCGAUAAAUGUUUUUACGUAAUUUCACGCAAGGGAAAAUACGACAAACAGCCAGUCAAUCUAAAGUCAUGUCUCACUUAUUAUUGGAACCGGUAGUCUACAAUCCAGACACAUUGAAUCUAAAUGACAGUCCAGAGAGCAAAACGUAUUGGUUUCUCUGUUUCCAAGACUUGAUUGGAAGAUUGUCGAAACAGGCAUCUAAGAGUUGUACUGACGAUGACGCCGAGAUUCGAGCAGAGAAAUUAAAACAAUACUACAUAAAGGAGUUGACAUUACUGCAGGACGAAAAAAACAACUCUGAGGAACCUCUUACUAUUCGAAAAUACCUCGAUUUGCAUGAGCAUUGUCUCAGGUUGUUCAAUUUCGUAGAUCCAUGGAAGGAACAAAAGGCAAUUGAAAAUGACUUUGCUUUAAUUCGACUCAAAAGUCGUCUCAUCGAAAUCGAUAAAUUAGAGGGGGAUGAAAGGUGGAUUGAAAUCGCUAAGGGCUUGCUUGCAGGCAAUCUAUUUGAUUGGGGAUGUAGCAGUGUGAGUAUGAUGCUUGAAAAAAACAAAUCAUUCGGAUUGACGGAAGCCGUGGAUUGCAUUCAAAAACGCCCUUGGGUUAUUGACGACCUUGAUGAUUGGCUCAGUAAGAUGAGACAACCACAAAAUUUUAAAUGUUGUGCUAUAUUCGCCGAUAACAGUGGCGUAGAUGUCGUUUUGGGAAUCCUGCCCUUUGCUCGAGAGAUGCUUCGUCGCGGUACGAAGGUUUUAUUGUGCGCCAAUCAAGAACCAGCUCUAAACGAUAUAACCCACAAAGAGUUGUUGGGAGUAAUUGAGAGAUGUUGUUUGGAAUGUCAAAUUAUAAAAACUGCAUAUGAAACUGGUCAAUUACAGAUCCAUAGUAACGGUCAAAGUGGGCCCUGUCUGGACUUUCGUCAACUCCCAGAAGAAUUGAAUAUCGCCCUCAUUAAACACGAAUGUGACCUCAUUGUAAUCGAGGGCAUGGGUAGAGCUUUACACACUAAUUUACAUGCAAAAUUUAAAUGUGAUGUACUAAAAUGUCUCGUUAUCAAAAACCAGUGGUUAGCGAAGAAUUUGUUUGAUAGUGGAAUAUUUUCGGUAAUUUUUAAGUAUGAACGGGGUGGAACCCAUAAUUCGUCGAAGAAUAUCAACUGUUGACUGUAAAUGCCGUGUUAAGAUUUGCUGAUAAAGAAUAAGCUGAACACAAAUAUAUUUAUGUAAAACUAAAUGUUAAUAUUAAUCGUGUUCAACGCUGUAACCGCUAUUCGGAUAUGCGAGAAUAAAGAAGUAAUGUUUUUAUUAGUC